CGGAUAACUAGGAUUUCCCGCCCACUUCACCAUGUCGUCCGAGGAUGAUGAUGCUGACGUCUCAUCGUAUGAGCAGCAGCGCAUCGCCAAGAUGCAGCGUAACAAGCUGGCCAUGGAGAACCUUGGCCUUCUAGGCGCCAAGGACGAGCUCAAGCGCAAGCGUCAGGAGGCGCGGAUGGAGCAGGACGCAGCCCGGAAACUGCAGAAAAAAGCCGACAAGUCCACGUUCGUCCCCCGCCGCACGGCGCGAGGCACCAAGCCCAUCACGUACAUUCAAGAUGAGUGGCGAGAUCCUAACGAGAAGAAUCGCCAGAACAUGGAGGCACUCAAGAAACGCCUCGCGUCGGCCCCGACGUUCAGCAAAGAAGCGUGCUUGUUGUGUGGGUUGGUGGUGCUGCGCUCUGCAAUGCGGCAGCACGUAGGGGCGCACAUCGUGGCCGAAUCGUUCGCGACCAUUCGCUGCGGCUUGUGCGGUCUCGAAUCAUCCACUUGCGAGCACAAGGUGCAACUGGGGCUUCCCACGAUCCUCCCCGUCGGGGACAUCGCAACGACGGACCUUUGCCCCAAGUACUUUCCAGUGGUGUUGAAGAAGGCGUCUCGAGGCAAGUGCACGAACUUGCCGCUUCGAUGCUCCAAGUGCCGCACGUGGCUAUGGACGUACACGAUGAAGACGCACUGGACCAGUGUCCAUGGAUCCACCCGCGGCAUGUCCAAGAAGGAGGCGGCGGCGGCCACCGUCAGUGCCGACGAAAUCGCGGCCAUGACUGCGGAAAUGGAGCGCAUCAACGUCCAGCGUCUCGAGGCCCAAUACAGCGACAACAGUGACAGCAGCAGUGACGGUGCGUUUCGACAGGGUGCUCGUGGUGGAGUCGUAGUGCGAUCGUAUGCUUUGCGGGAACGGCGGCCAUUGGGAGACAUCGAUACGGACGACAACGAGUUUUCCAGCGCCCCGGACAGCGAUUACGACGACGAGUCGGACUAAUAAUACAGUGCAUGUUGUAACAAACC